AUGAAUCAAUCUGAUUAUUCAUUGUUUGACAUCUUCGGAAUAACUUCAGAACUUCAGCCAUCACCACAACAACUCAGCAAUGAGGAAUUGGAAAUGAUUUUGCGUCUGGAAGAAACCAAAAGCUUUGCUGAAUCGAACAAUAUCAAUCAACCUGAUUUUUCCUUGUCUAAUAAACACGGAGUGAGUUUCGAAUCAGAGCAAUCAUUUUCCCAACACUGCGAAAAGGUUUUGUGUUCGGAAAAAGCCAAAGUCUCUUCCGCAUCGAACAACUUCGACAACUUCGGAAUGAUUCAUGGUCAACUCACUGAUGUCGAAUUUGAAAGGAUUUUGGGAUUGGGUGAAUCAAAUGUCUCUGCCGAAUCGGCCACGCUGAUAAAUCGAUCUCAUUCCGACCAAUAUAUGACGGAUUGGAAUUCGCUUUUUGAGCAGGAGCCAAUAAAAAUAGAUGAUAUGUUUAAUGGACAUAGUUCCCAUCAAGCACCGGACACUCAACUCCAAAAUUCGAUUAUUUCACCAGAUUCGGGCAUCUGUGAUGAAGGAUUAGCGGAAUCCGAUUCAUCUUCAUCAAUUCCACCUACCUAUUCCCAAAUUUUCGAAGUGAAAGAUCAAUGUUUACAACAGAAGGAAUGUUACCGAACAUCGGUACCCAAGUCCACACCCUACGUCUUCAAAACGAAUUCGGGUUUAUGGAAAAAUCGCAAUUACGAAAUAGUUGAAAGUGUGAGGCCAACAAGUAUGAUACCAAAAAGUGACGUUAUCAAGCCAAAAGUGAGAAUAAGAGAAGGUGUCCGGAAACUGCAAAAACAGAAGGUAUUCAAGUGUUCCAAAUGCGAAUUCUCUUCAUACUUCAGGGAUAUUCUGGACCAGCAUAUCCACAGAACACAUUUACAACCAAAUCAAGAAUGCAAGCAGAUACAAUCGAAUGAACGUGUUAAUUUUACUAUCAACGGAAAAGAAAAAGCACCCCAUUCCUCUGUUGCUAAUAGGGCGUCUAUAAGGAGUAAGAAAUUUACCUGCACAGAUUGUUCAUUUCCGACGACAGAUUUGAGAAUAUUUCUGAAUCACAUAUUUGUGAUACAUAAGUACCGCUGGUACAAAUGUCCAAUCUGCCGUAAACUCACAGAAAAAGAUAAUUCAACCGAGACGAGAAAAAAAAUACAGGUACAAGUCGGAUGA